GCGCACAGAGGAGCGUGCGCACUCUCGCGCGCAGGUAGGACCGAGCAAAAACUGUUGCUCCUCUCACCGUUGUUCCCGAUGCUGUGAUUGGCGUGGACGUGUCCAUCUGUUUAUUUGCGUGUCUGUAUCAAUGCCGUGGGCCCUUCCUGCCGGUGUAGGUGCUUCCCCGGCUCGUCACGGCAGCCCACGCUACAAGUUCAACUUCAUCGCUGACGUAGUGGAGAAAAUAGCACCUGCCGUCGUCCACAUCGAACUUUUUGUAAGACAUCCUCUGUUCGCGCGCCACAUGCGUCUUUCCAGCGGCUCCGGUUUCAUCGUGACCCACUCGGGCGUGAUCGUGACCAACGCGCACGUGGUCACCGCGGCCGCGGCGGUGACGGGGCGGCCCCAGCUGCGCGUGCGGCUCCACGACGGCGAGGGACACGGCGCCGUGGUGCGGGACGUGGACAGGAAGGCCGACAUCGCCACCAUCAAAAUAAACCCCCAGAAGCGGCUCCCCGUGCUCUCCCUGGGCCGUUCAGCUGAUCUGAGACCAGGGGAGUUCGUGGUUGCCAUCGGCAGCCCGUUCGCGCUGCAGAACACCGUCACCACGGGCAUCGUCAGCACGGCGCAGAGAGACGGCAAAGAGCUGGGCAUCAAAGACUCCGACAUGGACUACGUCCAGACCGACGCCAUUAUCAACUACGGCAACUCGGGAGGACCCCUUGUGAACUUGGACGGUGAGGUGAUCGGCGUCAACACGCUCAAAGUGACGGCGGGCAUCGCCUUCGCCAUCCCCUCGGACCGGAUCAGCCGCUUCCUGGCGGAGUCUCGGGCCGAACGCGGCAAAGGGAAGACGGGGGCGCCGGAGGGAGCCGCGGAGGAGCCGCAGUCGGACCCAGAGGUGUCCGGAGGGGAGAGGAGACGCCUCCUGGGCAUCUCCAUGCUCACCGUCACCCAAGCGCUGGCUGCGGAGCUGCAGCAUCAGCACCCGGGCUUCUCUGGCGCCAGCAGGGGCGUCCUGGUGCAGCGGGUCCUCCCCAACACGCCCGCAGAGAGCGGAGGCGUUCGAGCAGGUGACGUCAUCGUGAAGGCGAACGGACGGACGGUCGAGACCACGGCCGACGUCCACGAGGCGCUGAGAGGGGAGCGCCCCCUGCUGUUAGAGGUUCACCGGGGCAGCGAUGACCUGCUGCUCUACAUCCAGCCCCAGGUUCCAGCACACGCCUCAUUGAACUAGAUGCAGGCGAAUACGUCUCAAAACAGCGAAAUGAAAUCGAACGCAUUCUACAGUAACCAGAAUAUCAGCGUGUCAGAAUAAAAGCUUCCAAAGAAUGAUUCACCCUCCAGCG